ACUAGCUUUAAUACUGAUUGUCGACAUUAGCCUACUGGAUACCGGCUCGUUGUCAAAAGAGUCUUUGCAACUUCCACACGUCACAUGACUCAAACGGUUAUACAGAGUGAACCUCCACUGAUUGGUUGUUGGAAAUAAGGCUAACCAAUCAGAAUCGAACUCCGUCCUCAUGUUUGUCACAAGGACUAGUUGUGGGUAUAAAAACUAAAACAUGACAAUUUACUCAUUUAUUUAUAAAUAUUGUCAGUUUGAAUAUCUUGAGGCCUAUUUAAAUAACCUGUACUUGCAUUUAAACAAUACUGACCAAAAAAAGUAGGUUUGAAGACGUCAAGAGUGAAAUGAGGAACUGAUUCACUGAAGUAACGCAGAACUGGACAUGGAACAAAAACAUACUGGACCAGCAGGAAGAAAGUAGUUCAGUGAUGGUGUAAUAACACAAGCCUUAUGUGCAUGAUGGCGUUUUUCUCACUCUUUGUCCUAAUGAUUUCCUUUGCUGUCGUUGCAGAAGGACACCAAAUCAACGGCAGUCCUAUAAUAGGUGUCCUUGCUCAGGAAGUGCGCUCUCCUACACCGGGGAAAAACACCUACAUUGCAGCCUCCUAUGUCAAGUACUUGGAGUCUGCGGGUGCACGUGUGGUGCCUGUGAUGAUUAAUAAAACUGAAGAAGAAUACACCAAACUCUUUAAAUCUAUAAAUGGAAUCCUUUUUCCUGGUGGAGGUGCCAGCCUUUUUUCAUCUGGUUAUGCCAAAGCAGCUGGCAUAUUCUACAAACUUGCCCUGGAGGCAAACUCAAAAGGAGAUUAUUUUCCUGUCUGGGGAACAUGUCUGGGCUAUGAGCAGCUCACAGUCCUGACUAGUGGAAAGUCGUUACUGUCCCAUACUAAUACCAGUGGUGUUGCUCUACCACUCAAAUUCACCAAAGAAUCAAUGGACAACCGAAUGUUUAAGGACUUCCCAAAGGACCUGAUGACAUCACUGGCAAAUAAACCACUAACAGAAAACUCUCAUGAGUGGAGUAUCACUACUGAGAAAUUCACUGCAAACAAGAAGCUGAAAAAUUUUUACAAAAUUCUGAGUACAAGCACAGAUGGACAAACGGAGUUCGUGUCCACAGUGGAAGCAAUUAAUUACCCAAUUUAUGGAACCCAGUGGCACCCAGAGAAGAACGCAUUCGAGUGGUCUCGUGAGUACAUCCCCCACUCACCCUCUGCUAUCAGAACCACUUUCUACAUGGCCCAAUUUUUUGUCAGUGAAGCUAGAAAAAGUCUUCAUAAAUUUACCAGCAAAAAAGAGGAAGAGAACGCUUUAAUCUAUAACUACCAACCCACCUACACUGGAACAAAGUCUUUGUUUGUACAGAAGUAUUAUUUUGAAUAGGUGUUUAUCAUGUAAGCUAUAGUCAUCCUAAACGUUGUGUAAAAAGAAAAAGUGAACAUGCUGGUGCUGGCUUUGUCGCUAUUAUUUCAUUUAUGACUUGAAAUCUGGUUGGCAAAUCUAUGUUUGAGUUAAUCUUUUUUUUUUAAAAUCUGAUUGCAACUACCGUGCUUCCAUAUAACCCCCCACCCCCAAUAUACUGUUUUACCCUAAUAUUUCUGUUUUGAAGAUUUUACAAUAAAAAAAAAACUUUUCAAAA